AUGUGUGAGGUAGUGAAGCAACUAAAGAUCCCUAGUACCAUAUAUAAGGAUGAUUGUGGUUACUGUUUUGAAACGAUGAUUAACCCCAACUUUGGCGAUGGUGGCCCUGCGGAACCCGAGCACCAGCUUAAUAUUUGUCUAGGGUGCUUUCAAAGCUUCUGCCAUGAGCACGUCAACUUACACCAGCAGGUCGUGCGCCGGGUGCAGCAAGCAACUCACGAUCUCUACCUCAACGUCUACAAGAUCGAAAGGCCGAAGGCCACCGAGUCGGCGGAAAAGCGACUAAAACUCGAGGUGCAGGACCUUUCAGAAGAGGAGCUGUAUGAGACUGUCUGGUCGUUGGUCCGGAUCAACAAUGCGUGUACGGCAAGGCUUGGCAGCAGCAAGCAGAAGCAGAAGAUGGACACAACGGUGGUGAGCAAGCUAGAACAGAUCAUUCGCACUAGAUCCUCCGACUUCAAAGAUAUGGCCGCAACAUGGCAGCUAGAAAUCAAAGCUUGUCCGCAUAGUGAGCAGUUUGUUGUGCCGCAGGAUGCCAUGCCAGUCCGCGAAACCUGCGGUGAUUGUGAUUUGGACCGGAACUUAUGGCUCUGCCUUCACUGCGGAAACAUUGGCUGUGGUCGGGAGCAAGUAGGUAUUGAAGGACACUCACAUGCUCUGAAACACUACCAGCAGAGCGAGAACAACCACCCCUUGGCUGUAAAACUAGGCUCUCUGACAAGUGAAUCUAACGAUAUCUACUGUUAUUCCUGUAAUGAUGAGGUGGCGUUUCCUGAUCCAAACCGAUUCUCUGCAGUUUUGGCGAAGUUUGGUAUCGAUUUGGAGGGCCAGGUCGCAAAGGAGAAGACUCUAGUGGAGUUACAAGUGGAACAGAACAUGAAUUGGGACUUCCAGAUGCGUGAUUCAGGAAACGAGUUCACCAAGAAAAUAUUUGCAUCUAAGGAGUACGGAUGCGGUCUAAUUAACCUCGGGAAUUCAUGUUACUUGAAUUCUGUUGUGCAAGUCUUGUUCAAUGGUGGUGUGAAGGAUUGGAACCUUGAUAUGUUGGGGGAUUUCCCGAGGGAUGUGGUCUUCCCAUCUACUAACCUGAAAUGCCAGCUAAUCAAGCUUCGCAACGCCCUAAAGAUUCAUCCAGAGAAAUAUCAGCACGGGGUUAAGCCUGCCAGUGUCAAGAAAUGCAUCGGCGAGGAUAAUGAAGAGUUUAGCUCUGGCAGGCAGCAGGAUGCGAUGGAAUUCUUGACAUACUUCAUUGACAAACUUGACAGAAAGGUAUUUAGCAAGGCUUCCUCCUCCAACCCAAACGACCUUAUGAGGUUCAUGGUGGAGGACCGUUUGGAGUGUACCAAGUGUGAGCACGUUAAGUACUCAAGCCAGGUAUGUGAGAUCUUGCAAAUACCAUUACUAGAUAGCAACGAUCCGCAGUUCCUCAUGGACAGACUCCACAGCUACUUCAAUGGAGAAUCCUUGGAUAUCCACUGCCCUCAGUGCAGUGAAAUUACUGUCGCCACUAAAAACUCGAUGCUCAAGACUGCACCCGCUACCCUGCUCAUUAAUCCCAUAAGGAUAAAACUACAAAACUGGACGCCCAUAAAGACGAGCAAUCAACUAUUUGUCCCAGGCCUACGCGAUGAGAAGAGACUCAAGCUCAGCCAGUUUAAGGCACAUGGCAGGCAGCCGGGGGAGAAGAUCUUCGAAGACAGUCCUGACGACAACAGCAACGUCCCUGCCAGCGCCAUAUCGUUCAAUCCGGAUGAAGAUAAGGUUAUUUCCAUCAUCAGCAUGGGCUUCAGCAAGAACGCCGCUCUUCGUGCACUAUACAACACGGGCUCAGAGGUUGAACGGGCUUUGAAUUGGAUUUUCGAGCACAUGGAAGACCCGGAACUUAACGCCGAAUUCAGCGUGCCCGGCACCAAGAAACAGGCCGCCGUCGUAGAUCAGGGCGCCCUCGACAGCAUGGUCUCCAUGGGUCUUGCGGAGCGCCACUGUCGGAAGGCAUUGAUACUCAACGACGGCGAUGUAACCCGCAGUGUCGAGUGGGUCUUCAACAACGCUGACAACCUCGAUGACGACGACACCCAGGAGUCGAUUGACCCUCCGGUAUCCCGUGACUACGGAUACCCCGGUGACAUCCCAGACUACGCUCUCUCUGCAGUGAUAUGCCACAAGGGGAACUCGGUACAGAGCGGCCACUACGUCGCCUUCAUCAAGAAGGCCGUGGAUGGAGAGCCCAAGUGGGUGCUCUACAACGACGAGAAACUCAUGGCCGUCGGCGGUAACGAGAACCUCCAGGAAAUAGAGAAGAAUGGCUACAUCUUCAUCUUCAAUCGCAUUGCACCGGCUUAG